GAUCAAAGAUGUACCAUAUACAUAAGCUGAUAUUAAUUGAGUCCAUGUUAUAGAACGACGAACCAGUUCCAAGCUACCUAUGACAGAUGGUACAACCCAAAUUCCAUGAGUAGUUACAUUUGCUAUAUGUUCUACAGAGUUUCAUCAUUCCGUGAAUUCACAUAGACUGUCAGCUGUUCGAUACAUGGAACGAUGGAUAUGUAUUAAGCAAUACAGUAUACUGCAUCAUAUAGUCACUUGUAGGAAUCGUCGACAUUGAGUUCGACAUCUGUUCACAAAUCUUGUAUAAGCGUGCGCGUGCGUGUAUUUGUAUAGCGUAUGUGCAAGAAAGAAGAGAAACAGAUAAAAAAAAAAGCAAUAAAAAUAAAGAGAGAAAAAGAUAUAAAAAGAAAUUAAGAAAGAAACGGAUAAAGUGUUCUUACGCAGAUCGUCUGUGCGAUUUAUGCAAAAUCUCGUGCAUAACGUGGAUGUAUUGACACAGGGACUAAAAUACAGUAUAUCAGGACUAAUGAACCUCGCAAAUCAAACUACUGAUCCUCAAAGUCGUGUUUUCUUUGUUAACUUCAAUCAGGAUUGCACAUCUUUGGCAGUAGGAUCAAAGUCAGGCUACAAACUUUUUUCUUUAGUCUCUGUUGAUCAUCUUGAAAAAAUAUAUGAAAAUGAUACUGAAGACAUAUACAUUGUUGAACGACUAUUCAGCAGCAGUCUUGUGGCAGUAGUUAGUUUAAGAUCACCUCGUAAACUUAAAGUUUGUCACUUUAGAAAGGGCACUGAAAUUUGCCAUUAUAGUUAUUCUAAUACUAUCUUAGCUGUGAAACUCAAUAGAGCAAGAUUAGUGGUAUGUUUGGAAGAAUCAUUAUAUAUUCAUAAUAUAAGGGAUAUGAAAGUAUUACAUACAAUUCGAGAUACUCCACCUAAUUUAGCAGGUCUGUGUACGCUAUCAAUAAAUAGUGAUAAUUGCUACUUAGCUUAUCCAGGCUCAAAUACAAUUGGUGAAGUUCAAAUAUUUGAUGCAAUUAAUCUUCAAGCUAAAACUAUGAUUCCUGCUCAUGAUAGUCCAUUAGCAGCACUUGCAUUUAGUCCUAAUGGUACCAAAGUAGCUACUGCUUCUGAAAAGGGUACUGUAAUCAGAGUUUUUCAUGUUCAUGAUGGUACAAAACUAUUUGAAUUCCGACGUGGAGUUAAACGAUGUGUAUCUAUAAGCAGUCUUGCUUUUAGUGUGGAUUCUAUGUUCCUUUGUUGUUCGAGUAAUACAGAAACAGUACAUAUUUUCAAAUUGGAAGAACCAAAGGAGGCAUUACGACAAACAGCAGAAGAAUCUCAAACUUGGAUGGGAUAUUUAACAAAAGCUGUAUCUGCAUCAGCUAAUUAUUUGCCAUCACAAGUAACUGAUGUUUUUAAUCAAGGACGUGCCUUUGCUAGUGUCCACUUGCCAUUUCAAGGAUUAAAAAAUGUUUGUGCCAUCACAGUAGUACAUAAAGUACUUAGGUUGUUGGUGGCUAGUGCUGAGGGGUAUUUGUAUGUUUAUAAUUUGGAUUCAACAGAAGGUGGAGAUUGUACAUUGCUAAAACAACAUAGAUUAGAUGGUAAACGAGAUGAAGUAGACUGUGCUAGUGUAUCUACAGCAGGAUUAGGAUCUGGAGAACCUCCUUCAGGAACGACUGUACAAAUAGUACAAAAUACAGCCUGCAUAAAUAGCUACGCGGGUGUGUUGCGCGGCCGUUCGCCAGACUCCAUGUCAGAGUCAGAGAAGUAUCACGAGAUGAUAGCAGCAACUGAGAGUCCACCAGGAUUUUCGGGUUCCUUCCGUUUAAAAGAUGAUGCUGAAUUUCCACCUGUUACACAAAGGACGGAUUGAGUGUAAUAAUUCAGGCAUAUCAAUAAUGAACGAAAAUAAAUUAUAUCUAACAGUGAUUGAAAUUAGGACACUGAUACAGGUCAAACUAUGAAUCUAUGAUCAUAGCUAAUGUUGCGAAUUCAAAAAAGCAACAAAUUCUUUUUUAAUGAAAUAUAAAAAAAAACAGUGAUGACUUUGUAUGAGUUAUAUAAAUAUUAAAGCUAUCAUAUAACUAGAUGUUCACAUCAUAUCAGAAGUUAAUAACUUGAAAGAAUUAUGAUAUUUUUGGUUACAAUUUUUCAAGUCAGUAUUUUAUAUUAGAACUUUAUUAUCAUCAAUAGCAUGCAAUUGAUUUUAGAAAGUCUAGUAAUUUAAUGAUAUGGUUAUGGUUAUGGUAAUGCUUAAAAAAAAUUAUGAAAAUUCAAGCUAAAUAUGCUUGAUAACAUAUAGUAAGAAUGUUUAACAUAACUUAUGUGAAACCAUAUGUUCACAUUUAAGUAUUUUUACUGUGAAUUAUUAAUACAAUGAUUAUAGUAAAAUACUAUAUACAUUAGACAUGAUAUAAAAAAAAAUUUUUUUCAAUAUAUAAUAUUCUUAUUGUGAAUAUCUUGUAUUUCUUUUUACUAGAUUAUUGUAUUUUAUAAUUAUAUAUUGUCAUCUUCUGUGUUCACUGAUAAUAAAACUUAUUCUUUUAAGAAAUAGUGAAGAAAAUGAAAAAAUUAUAAAAUUAAUAUUUUAUAAACAGUAUAAUACUUACAUGUUUUAAAAAAAUUUUUCACUGAUAUUUUUCAAAAAUGAAAUAUUCUGAAAUAUUUGUGAUAAAAAAUAUUUCAUGUUUUGUUUAUAUAUGAAAUAGUUCAUAUAAUGUAUAAACUAAAAAAAUAGAUUUAUAUAAAUAGUUAUAAUAUAUAAUAUAAUGAAUUUCAUUAUAUUUGAUUUUUAUUAAAUUCAAAUUAUUUUAAAUAUAAAAUAUAUGAUUGCAUAUAUAUAAAACUACUUUUUAAAAAAUAAUGGUUAAAUGCCAUUUGUUAAAAGUACUAAAAAAAAUUUUCUUUUUUAUUAUUUUACUUUAUUCAAUGUAUAAUAACAUAAUUAUUAGAGUGCGUUUUCAGUACUAUCGUUUAUUAAAAAAUUGAGCAUAUUCCAUUAUUAUUCAUGUUUCUUUGGGAACAUUUGAUUUAAAAUAUAACAUUUACCAAUUUCUUCAUAUAUUGAUUAUAUGAUUUAAAAUUUUCCUAUAUUAGUAUCAAUUAAUUUAAAAAUUUAUUAUAUCCUUACAUGUAUUAUGUAUAAUGAGAUUAUGGCAUUUCUGAAAGUAUAUCAUAAAAUCUAAAUAAUUUCCUAUAUUCUGUUAAUUUUAUUUUUUCUUUAGUGUUAUUUUUUAUUUAAAUAUUCAUUUUGCUUGCUCUCUUUAUAUUUAUUGUAAACUUAAUAUUUGUCUUUAUUUUUUAACAUUACAGAAAGGAUAAAAGAAAAAUUCAGAAUACCAUAUUUACAUAAUAUUUGUAAUUAAAUAUCUUUAUACGUUACAAUUGAUGUGUUGUCUGUAACCCUUAUUAUUUUAUGUUGACUAAAAUUGCAUUAAAAUAUUUUUAUAUAUCUUUUAAUAUGAAAUGUUUUAAUAAUUAAUAUAUAUUUAAGAUAGAAACUGAAUUUGUUAUUUCUUUGAUUUUACAUAUCUUUAUGUAAUUUUGAAUGUUUCGUUAUAAUAAAAUUUUGUCCUCAUUCUAUAAUGAAUGCUUUAACUUAAGGGUGCGGGCAACAUAUAUUAAUUAGAAUAAUAAUAUUUUUAUUUUUAAAAAAUAAGUAAUUAUGUAAUUUUUGCGAAUACUGCAAAUAUUAUAGACCCAUAAUGUCUUUCGGUGCUUUUGUAUGAAUGUAAUGUCUUGUUUAGUAAUUAAUUUUACUUUUAUAAAAAAUAAGUAAUAUUAAAAAUGUAAAUACGCAUAUAUAUAAUAAAUUUUUAAGUACUGAUAUUGCAUAUAAAAUUUCUUAUGAAUAUAUGUGUAAUUAUGAUGAUGCAUCAAACAAAGAAAUAAUUUUUAAUGAUAUGAAACAUUUAAUCUUAAAAUUUUGUGAUGAAAUAAUUAUGUUAUUGAAUAUGAUAUUAAAUUUUUAUAUAAUAAAAUAUUAUUCUAUUAUGAUAAUCUUUAUUUAUUUUAUAAUUUAAUGCAAUUCUAAGUUUCAUGUUUUUUAAAACUGUGUCAUUAUAAUUCCACUGAAAGUAUUAUUAAAUAAAGUUAAGAAAUUUUACAACAUUAGUAUAUACUUUUAAGAAAAUAAAAACAAACGAUUAAAUGAAAUUAAAUAAAAAAAAAAAUAUAAAUUAAUCUAAGUUGCAAAUGCAAAAUAUAACAACAUGUUACUUAAAAAAAUUAUUUAGUUCCACUUGUUCUUUACAUUUGUUUUCAGUAUCUAUGUAAAUAUUAAUAAAUUUUCAAAAAGAAUGUAUAGAAGAAAACGUAAGUUAAUUAUAGUUAAAAAUAUGAUAUUUCAUAAUUUGUAUUAAAGUUUGCAAGAAAAUAAAUAAUAAAUAAUUUUAUCUAAUACAAA